AUGACUGCCUGCCCUGCUGCUGCAGCUGAUGAUUGUGGCGGUGGCGCUGCGGUUGCACCGGCAGUAGCAGCAGCAGCAGAAGCAUCAGCAGCAUCAGCAUCAGCAGCAGCAGACGGCGACGUUCCCUCGGAGAAAAUACAGGAGCGAAACGUGGUUGUAGAGGAGUCAGUUCCUAGAGGACCGCUACCGGCAUCUGCGCUGGUGUUGGCUGAGGCCCUUGAUGCUUCCUUCUGCCCUGUGAUAAAUGAACUGGCGCAGCAGCUCGUGCAGCAGCUCCUGCUUCUGCACGAGGAGCACCCAUGUUUGUUGGAGGCGGUGGAAGAUUCUCCUGGGGGCCCUCCUGGUGCCCCUUCAGGGGGCCCGUCCUUCAGCCUUGAGUUAGAAGGGCGUCUAGGGGUACUCUUAGACAGAGAUAAGAGCACCCGCCUGCGUCUCCCCUUAGCAAGUCACGCGGUGCUGCAGCCUUCUUUUUGUAUGGGCGAGGGUGGUGGUAUUGAAUCAGGAGUGGAGGAGGGUCGCCCCCAUGCGCGUUUUGCCGCAGGGGUUUCUUCUUCGCACUUUACGGAGCUCACAGAGCUGCUGCUGAAGUUUGCACGAGACAACAGCAAAGCUGCGUCACACCGCAUGCAGGUAAACUUGGCUCUCAUGGGUAUAGAACCGUCGUCGGGGACACAAGAGGACUGUUUCGAUCCUCAGGAAGUACAAGAAACGGCACAUGGGCCCAACGACGAAGGGCCCCGGAAAAAGAGGAAAACCUUCGACGGGGAAGCCCUAGUGCAGAUUAGUGGGGAUGACUGGCAGGUGCUGCCUGAGGUAGAGACAGAAGAGAACUACUAUAAUAUACCAGCCCUACAAGCUUCUGCACGGUUCAGUACUAAAAUGGCUGAAAUAGGGGGCCCACCGGGGGGCCGUCGGGGCCCCCGUCCUCAACGAGGGGCAGUAGCCUUCUUGGGGGGCCCCGUGAGCAUUCAGGGGCUGAGCCAGGUGCUGGUGAGCCCUGGAAUAUACAAGAAGAACUUGCUGCAGUGGAACGUGUACACGGGUGCCGACAAGGAAGAUGCAUUUGCGAGUACAGAUGAUUGGGGGCCCCCAUCAGGGGGGCCCGACGAGGCUGCCGAGAGGACGAGGGUGGAUUACAGGCUCGCCAUAAACUUUGAGCACAAGAUUGAAGUCAAAGACUUGCAACAGUCUCUCAUAAAGGCAUCUUGCACUGCAAGGGGGGGCCCAGCUCCCGUUCCAGGGUACCCGGGGGCCCCCCCGCCGCCACCGUCGGCAAACAAUGCAGAUCCGCAGCUACGACGUAGAAGAGCAAUACUGCAUCAGCAGAAAACAGGAGAUCCUCGUCCUCUGUGGUGUUUAUGCUCAACUUUUCUGUCUUUGUUACGCGAGUUGGCGGGCUGCCUCAACUCCCCCCAGAGAGUGAAUGGAGCCGAUGCGUCUAAGGGGGAUCUUGGGGGUAACGAGACGGAGCUGGCGGACUUGGGUCCGGUGCAGAUGACUGCAACGGAAGAAAUCGCCUUUAGGCACUUUAUGUCAGAGAAGCUGCCGCUUAUAGGCGACUAUUCCUACAGGGCAGUCGCCCACGAGAUGGAAGAAAUAACCCGACAGGGCACAGAACAGGUCUUGUCCUUAGAGGAAUUCCUACGGCAACCAGAUGCACAAAAGAAGUGCCUAUAUACAAACAACAAAACAGACAUAUCCGGGCCUUGGAUACCGCACAGAGACAGAGAAGGAAAUGUACACCUGGUGGAGGUGCGCCGCAAAGAAGCGGCUAACUAG